AUGCCGCCCUCACUACUCCAUCCACCAAGCCACCUAUCACCAGAAGCGGCGCGGCAACAAGCUACUCUUGCACCCAGCAUCCUCAAUAACUUGCCUGAAAGUAUAUCGUCGACGCCGCUGCUUUCACUUUUUUCCGCCCCCGAAACCGCUGAGCUGUGGAUUACCUACGAGAACCUACUGCUAGCAUGUUUGCGUACGGGGGACGACCUGUCGGCGCAUAAGUGUCUGGAGAGGUUGAUAAAGAGGUUCGGGGACAAGAAUGAGCGCAUGAUGGCCUUCAAGGGGCUGGUCAAGGAGGCGACUGCAAAGAACAAUACAGAGCUGGAAGUGAUUCUGAAGGAAUAUGACAGUAUACUGGCCGAGGAGGAAAACAACAUUCCCAUCGCAAAACGGAGGAUAGCGUUGCUCAGAUCACUAGACAGGACGCCGGAUGCUGUAUCUGGCCUUCUGGCACUUGUUGACAUGUCGCCGACGGACGCCGAGGCGUGGGCUGAGCUGGCAGAUGUUUACUUGGCGCAAGGAAUGUAUUCACAGGCCAUAUAUGCGCUGGAGGAGGUUUUGGUGCUUCAGCCAAACGCAUGGAAUAUCCAUGCUAGAUCAGGCGAGGUCCUGUAUAUGGCAGCGACGGCGACACAGUCCAAUGAUGCAGCAGCUGCAAAACAGUUGGCAGAGGCAAUCAAGAGGUUCUGCCGCAGUGUUGAGCUUUGUGACGAUUACUUGCGGGGAUAUUAUGGCCUUAAGCUUGUGACAUCGCGUCUCCUCAAGGAUAAACCCUACGCGCAGACGCGGAAAGGAGAUGACGCGGACGAUUUGGCACUGCCGGACAGUACCACAUUGCAAAAGCUGGACGAGCUAGCCACCCGAAAGCUGGGAGAAAUAGUGCGGCGGUGGUCUGCAGGGGAACACAAUUGGAGGGGCUACGAGGAGAGCGAGAUUGUGGCGGCAAGGGAGCUGCUGAAUCAGGACAGCUCCUUGGCUCCAAAAUAG